AAUCGCUCAGUCGCAAGCAUGCCUCCGAGCUUUAUCCGCGCGUCGUUAUCAAUAUCGUUCACGGCGAUUCUGGUGCUAAUUACUUGCACGCCAACUCGCGCUCGCGAGAAAUCCGCCGUCGAGGCUUACAUCGAGGCGAAAUUCCGAGAAACUAGGGAGCACUUGCUGAACGAAUUAUACACGGGAGCGGGAUUCGACGAUUACGAGGCCGAUUGGUCGAAAUUAUGGAGCAGCUCGCCGACAACGAGACGACCCAGGGCCGCGAGUUUCUUCGGAUACGACGACGACGCGGUAGAACAACGAGCCUACCUCGUCGACGGUGCAGGGCGUCUGUACAGCGUGUCGACUCGCUCGUCGCCACCUUAUCUGGCUUACAAUCCGGUUCGGCUCAACGGCUUUCCACCCUUGUACGAGCCCGUUCGAUUCGUCCGAAGCCACAACUGGCGGGGCACUCUGUUCCUGCUCGUCUGCCAGAGCCGAGGCUGCAGCCUGUAUCACGGCCGGGGCGACGUCGCCCAGCUGCCCUUCCGGGCGGUCCAGCUGCUGCACGCGGACGGUCUGCUGGUGGUCGACGCCUGCUUCGUGCCGCGCGCCGACAGAUUCUUUCUGCUCGUGCCCUACUCCGACGCCAACAGAGCAAACGCACAGCCGACCAAAUUGUACGAAUGGAACGGAGAGGGCGCGAUGCUGACGAUCGGCGAGCUGCGCACACCGCCCGUCGCCGCCGUGACGUUCCUGCCGAGCAACGAGGACAGCAGCGUCGUCCUCCUGGUUUUCGCGCUCGAGGGAAGAGUCGUCGUCGACGACGGCGGCGGCGGCGGUGCGGACGGCGACGGAGUGACCUGCAUAGUGUACGAGAUGCGCAACAGUCGGGACAACAAGAACACGAUCGUCAAGCCCCUGACCUGGCUCAAGAACAUGGGCGAGAUCGCCUCGAUUUAUCCGUACCGUUUCGCGGGCACGAAUUACCUGCUGAUCGUCGGCGACGAGUCGACCAGUGCCGUGUACUUUUGGGACGGCAAUGAAUUGAAAAAAUGGCUCGACGUGCCGGAUCUGAGAUCCACGAGCAUCUUGAACAUACAACGCAUCAACGGCAAUACUUUGCUUUUCGUUUGUAACGAGAACACUCUGCUGGUAUACAAGAUCGAGCAUCGAUCUUGCACUCUGCUCUCGAUUCACACGUUUUCCCCAGAUCAGCGAGUGGUCGACGUAACGGUUUGGGAGCAUCGCGGCAUACCCAUGAUAAUGCUCAUCAAGCAGGAUCCGAUCACCGGCGUUUACAACACCGAGCUGUGGUCCUUGCACUUUCGGCAAAGAAUUCCGGAUGUAACGCACGAAGACGUCCAGCAGUGCUUGGAUGAAUUGCAAGUGGCUCUGGAUAAACGAGGCGCAGCUCUGGAAGAAUCGGAAAGAUUCAUGAAUCAAAUGAUGUCCGGUAUGCCGCUGAAAUUCGAUCAAAUAUUCAUAGACAGCGAUCGGGUCGAACUAUCGUCCGUGGAAUUCGACGUCGAAGACAGCGAUAGCCUCAAUCCCGAGAUCAUUCUCGACGAACUGCUCGAACUGCGCGCGAAGGUGGACGAUUUGUUGAGAAAAGCGUCGAUGGCCAACGAGAUCGAGGAUCUGUCGGGUCGUGGCCUCGUGGUCGAGGGUGACGCCUACAUCGACGAGCUGGAAAUCGAUCGCCUCGAGGUCGAGAGCAUCAACGGCGUGGCGUUCGACGCCCCGAGCAUCCUCCUGGACGAGCUCGAUCAGACUUUCGACCGGCCGCUGGAAGCUAAAAACAUCGUGAUACACGAUCUGGAAGUGCCGUCGAUUUGCGGACUCGAAUCGUCCAAUUGGCUAUUGGUCGACGACGAGGAGAAAACGGAUCUGAGCGGUAUCGAUUGGAACAAAGCGUCGAUCGUUGGAGAAGAUACACUUGUCGUUGAUGGUGAUGUUUUCGUUGAGAAUCUAAGCACCGAAACGAUUAACGGAAAAAAUAUUAAUAAGCUCAUGGACGAUUUUUUCAUUAUCGGAAAAAAUCAAAUAAUCGAUGGCAACGUCACGUACAAAACUUGCUCGCGUGCGACACAGGUGUUCGCAGAUGAGAUCAACGGCGUACCGUUCGAUGCCUUGCUCACUAAAUCCGACGAUCAAUUUCUCGACGACGUUUACAUCGAGAAUCUCGACGUUCGUCAUCUGUACGUGGAAACGAUCAACGGCGUGCGAGUCGAUCAAGCAGCGAGAAUAUCUCAAGAGAACGUCAUCAAGGGCAGAGUCAGCUUGGCCAAUUUGGAAAUAAUCGAGGAACUGGAAGUGCGGGGCAACUUCUCCAUGCCGUUCGCUCGUCCGCUUCAAGUGUACGACGAGGUUCACAUAAACGGCGACGUUUACGUGAACAAUUUUUUCAUGAAAGAACAGUCGUCCUUGAUAGUCGAUGGAAGCGAUCUAAACGUGCAGGAAAUCCUGGAAAAUUCAUGGACCAAGUCGACGGAUCAAACCAUCGUCAAUUCUGUGGUAUUUGAAGAAGGAGCAUCGAUCGACGAGUUAUACUGUCGCUUCCUCAAUGGUUUCGCCGAGGAAGAUUUCGUUUAUACUACCGACACUGAAUUCGACGGUCUGGAGAACGUUACCUUUUCUCGUUUCCGUUUCAAUCGAGUUUUCGAUGAAAAUAAUCGCGAGAUUUCGGAUUUUAUCGACGAAUCUCCCAUGUUACUGACCUUCAAGAAGCCCAUACGUUUGAAACAUUUACAAGUCGAUAGUAUGAUUACCGAUUUUUACAAUGGUGUAGACAUUGAUCAAUUAAUGUCCAUGAAAAAUAUUUCAAGUUUGAAGUUUCCGGACUUUACGGAAUUCGAAGAGCUUCAUGUGGAUGGCAGCUUGAACGUCGAGGGCCUGUGGAUGGAAACUCUGAAUUCUCAAGAUGCCUCGAUAAUCAAAAAAGCUCUGACAAUUAAUGAUAACAUUUACGAAGACAAAUUAGAGGUUCAUGAGUUUAGUGCUGAAAAUUUAACGGUGGAAAAUUUGUGCGGCUCGAACUUGAACGAAUUGUUGGAAAUCAUAAAUAAUCCUUAUGAAGUGGCAUUUACGGUCAAAGGGGACGUCGAAAUCGAUAACAGCUUGCAAGCUCGACUCAUCAACGGAAUGAACGCAAGUGACUACUUAACUCAGCUGAAAAGUAUGGAUCCGUCCGAUUUGAUUGGGCCCAAAAGUUUGCGACAUUUACGUUCAGUGGAAAAUUUGAAUGUCAGUACUUUAAAUGGAUAUGAUGUAAAUCAAGUUUUUCAUACUAUGUUGGAUAAAAUCGAAGAUGAAAAUUACACAGGAGAUUUAAAAGUGCAGAAUGUGAAAGUUGUUAAUCUAAAGUGCAAUAAAAUGAAUGGUAUGAAUUUGUCAAAUUUGAUGUACGUCAACGAACCGGCUGUGUUUAAUGGAAACGUGACUUUCAAUGAUUUGGUAUUGAAAGGAAAUUUGAAAACCAAAAAACCAUUGUCAGAGGCAAUUAAAAUAAAUCAAGUCCUUUCGAUUAAACACCCGAUUAAUCUUCAUGUUUUUGGUGACUUGAUGUGGGAAGAAGAUUCUUCGAAGCCACAAUCCUUGAGCUAUCUAUUCAAAAACGCGAUGACCAAGAGUGGCAAUCAAACCUUCGACUGUCCUGUGGAAUUUUUGGCUCCGGUGAGCGUCGAUUCUUUGCGGAUUCCUGUUGAAAGUCCUGCACUGGAAAUGGUUCAAGGAGUUAUCGAAGAUGCAGUUAUCGACAGCGAUGACGACACGGCGGCCCCGAUCAUCAUUCGCGGAAGGAAAAAAUUCAAAAAGGAGCUGCUCGUGAACGAUCUGACGGUCGAUGGAGAUCUCAACGUCGAUAGAAUCAACGACGUAUACGUGGAUCGGGUGUUUCCGCAAAUUUUUCAAAAAAAUACCGGCGAUGUCAUGCCCGUCGUAGAGUUUUCAGAGGACAUUAAAAUCGGCCAAUUGAUCAGCGACAGUCGAAUUCAUAAUGUCUCAUUGGAGAAUAUAGCCACGAUUGACAAAGAAUUGCCAAAUCGUAUACGAUUCGAACAUUUAGUGGUCGAAAACAAUGUGUCGCUAAAAUAUUGGGAUGGGGUCAAUUUCGAUGAGUUUGUACGAGAUCGAAUAACUAUCGAUGGCGAUUAUCAGAUAUCAGGAGACGUUGAGUUUACUGAAACCGUCGACGUCAUCGGCAGGACCUACGCGAAACUUAUCAACGGAAUCGAGCCCGAAUCUUUGGUUCAAAAUGACGAUAGCAAGGAUAUGAAGAUAAUAUACGGUAAUAAACAUUUCAUGUCGAAUUUGACUAUCAACGGUGGUUUGGAAGUUCCAAAGAUAAACGAUGUCAAUAUCGACGAAAUUUACGCCCUGGAUAGUGUGAAAAGCGCUCAAAAUAUCGAAAUCUGCGGUGAUUUGAUUUUCGAGAACGACGUCGAAUUCGUCAAAAAUAUUAAUGUUGCCGGACAUACAUACGGUUCGAUAUUGAACUAUGAUAUUGAUAUCGAUCGCCUGUUUACUGAAGAUCCUGAAUUCUAUCUCGAGGAAAGCGAGACAAUAAACAAGAUCCACGUGGCCAACGCCUUCAAAUUCAAAAGCUCCAAAAUCAGCGAAUCAAUUACGCGUUUGGACAUUUACACUAUCGAGCCAGGCAAUUACUGUGGUUUGACAGACUCGAAUUGUCACUGCAGACGCCAGCACGUCGUCGACAUUCUACCCUCUGGCGAGUACAGUCUCCGAAGCAGCCACGACAGCGACGUCGUUUUCAACUUUUACGAUGCGAAAGAUCGAUUCGAGCUCAGCGUCGCGAGUAGCGCAGUCUCGACCGGUCAGGACUGCUUGAGGGGCUUGGAUCUAACGGAGCUGACGAGGGUGUUCUUGACGAUGUUCUACGAAGAUCCGCGAGAUCGAAAAUUGGUCGCCGAGAUACAGGGCUUUGUCAAGGAUGCUGAUAUAUUUGUUCUUGAUGAUAAGAUCUAUCUGUUUGUCGCUGUAUUCUACGAUAAAACCUGGAACAGCCAUUCGACCGCGUCGUGGCUGUACGAGUUCGAUUUCGCGAGGAACACAUCGUUUCUGAUUCAGGCUAUACCGACCGAAGGUGCCGCAUCCGUCAAAAUCUUUGAAAUCGUCAACGUAGGCGUGCACCUACUCGUCGGAUGCAUAAAAGGCAGCGCGGAGUCUUCGCUCUGGAGAUUCGUUCCCAAUUUCAAACAGUUUCAGCUCGUUCGCACCUUUGCGACUGGUGGAAGCGAGCACGUAGCAUCGUUGAGCUAUCGUGACUCUAAUUUUGUCCUGUUGAGUAAUCCCGACAUCGAGGCUGUUCAAAUAUUCAAUUACGAUUUCGAUUCGGAUAGUUUUGAUAAUUAUCAAAAUUUGUUUUUCGAUUCGAAAGUUAUGAGCCUUGACGUAUUUUACGCACGAGAAUUUGCCAAAAGCGCAGCAUAUGUUCUCACAACAACCAAGGAUGGAAGUUUUUUCAUUCACGUAUAUAAUUUAUAUGCGAAAUUCCAACUGCUCAUUUCAUACCGGUCCGAGGAUAUUCAAAUUUUAUCGCCGUUUCGUCAUUCUGGCCGGAAUUAUUUAUUUGCUGGUUCAAAAGUGAACAGCACCAUUUACGAUAUUGUUCAAUAGUCCGUUGAUUGGAUUAAC